AUGGUAGCGGAGCGCGCCCGCAAAGCGGCAGCAGCCGAUGCCCGCGGCCCCGGGGAGCCCAGCGCGCCCGCGGCGGUGGCGCUGGCGGUGGCGCCGGCGGAGCGCUGCGCACGGCUGCCGAGCCCGGGAUCCUGCGGGCUGCUGGCGCUGGCCCUGUGCUCGCUGGCGCUCAGCCUGCUCGCCCACUUUCGGACCGCCGAGCUGCAGGCCCGGGUGCUGCGCCUGGAAGCCGAGCGUGGGGAGCAGCAAAUGGAGACUGCUAUUUUGGGACGAGUCAACCAACUGCUGGAUGAGAAAUGGAAGCUCCACUCUCGGAGGCGCCGGGAGGCCCUCCCGAAGACGUCUCCAGGGUGCCACUGCCCGCCAGGGCCUCCUGGUCCUGCUGGAAGACCUGGCAUCCCGGGGGACAAAGGUGCCAUUGGAAUGCCUGGACGUGUGGGGGCCCCAGGAGAUGCCGGCAUGUCUAUCAUCGGCCCCCGAGGCCCCCCAGGUCAGCCGGGCACUCGAGGUUUCCCUGGAUUUCCGGGUCCCAUUGGGCUCGAUGGCAAACCGGGCCACCCCGGACCCAAAGGGGAGAUGGGCCUGACGGGUCCCCGAGGACAGCCGGGACCUCAAGGACAAAAAGGAGAAAAGGGUCAAUGUGGAGAGUACCCACAUCGGGAGCACCUGAGCAGCACUCUCUCGGCUCUGCGCUCCAACCAGAUCAUUACCCUGAAGCUGCUGCCUCUCCUCAAUUCAGUGCGACUGGCUCCGCCCCCAGUCAUAAAAAGACGGACCUUCCAGGGGGAACAGGGCCAGGCCGGCAUUCAAGGCCCACCAGGGCCACCAGGCCCCCCUGGACCGAGCGGACCCCUGGGGCCCCCAGGACUGCCAGGGCCCAUGGGGCCAUCAGGCUUACCCGGGCCUCCUGGACCAAAGGGAGACCCAGGAAUCCAGGGCUACCACGGCCGGAAGGGAGAACGGGGCAUGCCAGGGAUGCCGGGCAAACAUGGAGCAAAGGGAGCUCCUGGAAUUGCUGUGGCUGGGAUGAAGGGUGAGCCAGGGACCCCAGGAGCCAAGGGUGAAAAGGGGGCGGCAGGCUCCCCUGGGCUACUCGGCCUCCUGGGGCAGAAGGGAGAAAAAGGCGAUGCCGGCAACUCCAUCGGAGGGGGCAGAGGGGAGCCUGGCCCCCCAGGGCUGCCCGGGCCCCCAGGGCCAAAGGGAGAAGCUGGCUUUGAUGGCCCGGCCGGCCCCCCAGGACGGCAAGGAGACAAGGGGGAGCCUGGAGCACCUGGAAACCAGGGACCAGCCGGCCCCAAGGGCACCAAGGGGGAACCAGGGAAAGGAGAGAUGGUGGACUACAAUGGAAAUAUCAACGAGGCUCUCCAGGAGAUCCGAACGCUGGCCUUGAUGGGACCCCCCGGUCUUCCCGGACAAAUUGGCCCACCCGGAGCCCCAGGGGUCCCAGGCCAGAAGGGGGAGAUCGGACUGCCAGGCCCUCCAGGACACGAUGGAGAAAAGGGACCUCGAGGCAAGCCAGGAGACAUGGGCCCUCCUGGUCCCCAAGGCCCCCCAGGAAAGUCUGGGCCUGCAGGAAUGAAGGGAGAAGACGGACACGCAGGAAGCCCGGGAGAGAAGGGGGAGAAAGGGGAGAUGGGACAGGCGGGCCCACCGGGAGAGAAAGGAGAGCCCGGGGAGAAGGGGGAGCCAGGAGUGGAGGUUCCUGGGCCUCCAGGGCCAGAGGGGCCCCCCGGACCUCCGGGGCUCCAAGGUGUUCCCGGACCAAAGGGGGAAGCAGGACUAGAUGGAGCAAAAGGAGAGAAGGGUGUCCAGGGAGAGAAAGGAGAUCGAGGGCCGCUGGGAUUACCUGGAGCUGCAGGUUUGGACGGCAGGCCUGGGCCACCGGGUACUCCAGGACCAAUCGGAGUCCCAGGCCCAGCGGGACCAAAGGGCGAGAGGGGCAGCAAAGGCGACCUGGGGAUGACAGGACCAACAGGAGCGGCUGGGCUUCCUGGUUUACAUGGACCACCCGGGGACAAAGGAAACCGGGGGGAGAGGGGGAAGAAAGGCUCUAGAGGGCCUAAAGGGGAUAAGGGAGACCAAGGAGCGCCUGGAUUAGAUGCCCCCUGCCCGUUGGGCGAAGAUGGCUUGCCAGUCCAGGGCUGUUGGAACAAGUGAUGCCUCUAACCUGGGAAUGGCCUGUGUGUGUGUUUGUACAUAGAAUAUUUAUUUUUAUACAGUUUUCACUUUUUGAAAAUGCCAGAAGUAUGAUGCAUCUUACAGGUUAUUAAAAAAAAAAGAAAAAAGAAAAACCUGCAUAUUUUGUACAGAA